UGACGCAAUGAGAGGACGUCGAUUGCGGAAGUGUUCAGUCGCAGCAGCAUCUCAGUGAAGCGGUCCUCUCCUGGGGCUUAUUUUGUCAUUCUGGGCGCGUUUUCCCCCCCGGCUGGAUGUAGCGGCCCCGGAGCGUCGCCGGUACGGCUCUUUCGGGACUGUGACUGUUGGAUUCCAGAGCGCUGGGCGUCGAACCCGCAGCCCGUUGCUCCGGUCUGCCCGGUCGCGCCGCCGCCAUGGCGGACCACGCCGACGUCAGCCUGCCGCCGGAGGAGCGGGUGCGCGCCCUGACCAAGAAGGGCAGCUCGGUGGAGGUGAACGACGACGUGCCGCCGCGCCGCUACUUCCGCUCCGGCAUGGAGAUGAUCCGCAUGGCGCUGGUCUACACCGAGGAGGGCAACAUCGAGCACGCCUUCGUCCUCUACAACAAGUACAUCACGCUCUUCAUAGAAAAACUGCCCAAACAUCGGGAUUACAAGACGGCGAAUAUCCCCGAGAAGAAGGACACACUGAAGAAACUGAAGGAUGUGGCGUUCCCUCAAGCCGAGAUCCUGAAGAAAGCCCUUCUGAAGCGGUUUGAACAGGAACACGCUCAGUACCUGGUGAAGAAGAAGCUGGAGGACGAGGCGCUGGCCCGGGAGCAGUCCCGGCAGCGGGCGCUGGACGCCGAGCGGGAGCGCGUGGCGGAGCUGCAGCGGCGGCAGCGCGAGCAGGAGCAGUUCAGCGCCUUCGAGGAGAUGAUCCGGCGCCAAGAGCUGGAGAAGGAGCGCCAGCGGGUGCUGCUGGAGUUCGCCACGCCUGCCGCCCCCGCCCCGGACGCGCCCCUCAUCCCGGGCAUCCAGGGCCCGCCGCCGGCGUCCCCCGGCACGCCGCAGAGCCCGGGGGACCCGGCCCGCCCCCCUCCGCCCAGCUUCGACCGCUCGCUGAAGCCCGGCUCGCUGGUCAGCCCCGGGAACAACGAAGGUGACCAGCGUGGAACCUGUGUCUCCGCAGCCGCCAUGGUGGACGCCCUGCGGCAGCUGGCCGUGCCGGCGCAGCUGUGCCGCAGCUUCCUGAGGCUGGCCGAGGCCAACACCAGCCGCGCCGUGGAGACCUGCGGCAUCCUGUGCGGCAAGCUGACCAGGAACGCCUUCACCGUGACUCACGUCAUCGUUCCGAAGCAGUGCGGCGGGCCGGACUACUGCGACACGGAGAACGAGGAGGAACUGUUCCUCAUCCAGGACCAGUACGACCUCAUCACGCUGGGCUGGAUCCACACCCACCCCACCCAGACGGCCUUCCUGUCCAGCGUGGAUCUCCACACGCACUGCUCCUACCAGAUCAUGCUGCCCGAAGCCAUCGCCAUCGUCUGCUCGCCCAAGUUCAAUGAGAUCGGAUACUUCCGGCUGACGGACCGGGGAACAGAGGAGAUCUCCACCUGUAAACAGAAAGGCUUCCAUCCUCACAGCAAAGACCCGCCUCUUUUUACACACGCCGGUCACGUGACCAUCACAGACGACUCCGUGUCGGUGAUGGACCUGCGGUGACUCCUCCUCCUCCUCCUCCUCCUCAUCACCAGAACACUCAGACUGUCUGAUCAGACUGUUUUUCCUCCGGUCGGUUGUUUCCAGAGACUCCAGUCGCUCCUCAACACAACAAGCUUUUCUUUUCCUCUUCAGAAUAAACCAGAGAAAGAGAAUCAGGUCUUGUUGCACUUCCUCCAGGAUGCCCCGCCCUCCGGCCUGUGGCCCCGCCCCCCGGCCCCCGGCCCCGCCCUCCAGCCUGUGGCCCCGCCCCCCGGCCCGUGGCCCCGCCCUCUGUGUGUUUGUUUGUCGACUGACAAAGUGCCAAGGAAGAGAAGCGCUCCCGGGUUCCUUAUGCAACACGGCGCUCUGCGUCACUCAGGUAGCUGUGCUCUCCGGGCGUCGGUUUGAAUCCCCGUGCCGUUGGGCUCCUGGAGCGGGGCAGCCGAGACCCGAGGUUCUGUUCCCGCCGCAGCGUUUCGGGUGAAGGGCUUCACGUUUCCACGGCGACGGCAGGAACACUGAAAAGGAUGCAGCGAACACACACACACACACGCGCACACACACACACACACACACACACACACACACACACACUGAAUGGAACAGGACGACAGCAGGACCAGAGUUUCAGGAAAGGUGUGGUUUCCAUGGAAACGGAGUGUUUUCAGGAAGGUUUCAGUGACUCUGAGUGUCGUCGGGUGAAGAACCUGCCAACAGGAGACCAAGCUUCAGUGAAACGAGACUGUGUGAACAGACGGAAUGUACCCUCUUCCUCUUCCUCCUCUUCCUCCUUCCUCCUCCUCUUCCUCUUCCUCCUCUUCCUCCUUCCUCCUCCUCUUCCUCCUUCCUCCUCUCACCUCGGUUUCUUCCUUCUCUUGUUAGAGCUGAUCGGCCGUAACCUUGAAGUAAAUGCCAAGAAAAAUAAACUUGUAGACGAAGCUGUGGCGGCGUCUUC